GUGUGGGGUUUUGAUUCUCAAGGCCGUCAAAUAAGUCAGUGAGCUGUGAGACUAUUGGGCAGUUACAAGAAAUAUUCUUUUCUGGAACCUUAACGAAACUCAUAUGCUCCUAUUGGUGUUGACUCAGCUCUUUUAGCAUCGAGGUUACAGAUUUCUCAUAUCAUUAUUUACGAGGUAGCAACUUGAGGAACUGCAUUUUACACAUGUUUCUGCGUCGUUUUUCGACGCGCUUUUUACCUGUAUCGUAGGUGAAUCUCAAUAUCAGUUUCUGAUGAAUAUUGUGCCCGUGUUUUCCUGCAAGUAACUGACAUCAGAAAGGCUGUCGUAUGCUAUCCACUAUGUACCGAUCCGGUUUACUAAUCUUAUCACCUCAUGUGCAUCCCCAAAAAUUGUCGUCCUUAUUGAAGUAUGCCAAGAAUGUGGUGAAUGAGAAGCUAUUUUUAGCGGUUCCACAUAGUCCGUUGAAUUUUAUCUAUUGGAAAAAGACAGUUACAUUGUGUUACACAGUUGCUUAUAAGGUUUGCCCAUCGUUAGACGUUUGCCUUCUACUUCCCAAAACGUUGUACUUAAAACCCUCAGUAAAGUUUGAUAUUGUAAUCUCACCGGAGUCUGAAUUCAGUCGAUCUUGGAUCUUGAGAGAAGUCCACAACAUCGAUCCACUAUAUGACGAUGAUAUUAUAUACGCUGCCAAAGAUGAAAUUGAUGUAGACACAACAAUAACUGAUGAUAAAACAAGUAAUGCAUUAUUUGACGAGUCUUACGAAGAUAUCUCUCGUGUAUGCCUUGGUGGUACUUUUGACCGUUUACAUAAUGGACAUAAAAUUCUACUCACUGUUGGUGCCUUGUUGGCUAAAGAACAUCUGCUUGUUGGCAUUACAUGUUCUGAAUUGCUUUCAAAUAAAUGUCUUAGUCCUUUAAUAUUUUCCUGGGAAAAACGCAACUUGGUUGUCCAAACAUUCCUCAACGAUAUAGGCGUUCAGUCGAAAAAUGUGAAAACUGUUGAAUUAUCUGAUGAAUUUGGUCCACCAGCAUAUUCUGCGGAAUUCGACUGUAUAGUAGGGAGUUCUGAAUCUUUUAGUAAUUGUGAAAAACUGAAUGAAUUACGGAAGACAAAAGGGUUUAAACCACUGAAAAUUGAAACGAUUGAUUUUGUUUGCUCUGAAAACAGUACACUGUAUGAAUCUAAAACUGAUCCCUUUGAUUCCUCUGAUCUCAAGCUGAGUUCCUCAAAACUCCGAUUCAGUGAACUCGGCAACUUACUAAAGCCUGUCAAUAACACAUAUCAAACAAAUUUUCGACAUAGCCCAUACAUGAUCGGCUUGACAGGACCUUCUGGAUCUGGGAAAUCAUCGUUGGCUAAACGACUUCAAAAUUUAAGUGAACAGGUCCAUGUAAUAGAUUGUGAUCGUCUCGGUCACGAAACAUAUGUUCCUGGUACUGCGUGUCAUCAAGCUCUUUUAUCGCAUUUCGGACGAGAAAAUAUCGCUUCUCCAGAACCUCCUUAUCCAGUAGAUCGGCGUUUGUUGGGGAAUUUAGUUUUCUCUGAUCCCUGUCGUCUGAAGGAGCUAAAUGCAAUAGUUUGGCCUGAAAUAGUCAAACGAUUCCUAGCAAUUAUAAAACAAGUAGAAAGUGAAACUUUAAAACAAGGUCAGAAUUCCAAACGUCCUGUUAUUCUUUUAGAUGCCGCAGUACUUUUGCAAGCUGGUUGGGAUCAACUGUGCAAUGAGGUAUGGCUGACUAUUCUACCCCAUUCAGAAGCUCAGCGUCGAUUGUGUGAGAGGAAUAAUCUAAGUCCUGAAGCUGCAUCAGAACGCAUUGCACGACAAGCCUCUGCGGUUGCUGAGAUGACAGGUGGCUACACGUGGUUUGAAGCAGGUCAGUAUUGCUCUCAGAAAAGCCCACUCGACCGUGCGCAUGUAAUAUUAUGUACACAAUGGAAACCAGAAUGUUCACAAUUUCAAGUUGAGAAGGCAUGGAAAGCGUUACAGCAAAGACUGUCACCAACUUCCUCUGCUGAAUGAGUUGCUGCUAUGGAAUUCACACUUCUAUCUUGUUAAUCUAGCCUUUGAUCCAGUCAAGUCAGCUGGUGAUAAUUUCUGGUACUCCAGGCAAAGGGCUUAACGAUCAUUGUUGCAUUUUCAUGAAUAGCAAUUACAAUUCUAUAUUCCUGUUAUGGUUCUUAAAUACAAGUCUUACGUACAAAUGUUUAUGAUUUCAGUACUAAAGUGGUACUUGGUCAAUCAGUCUGCUUGCAAAGACAUGGAUACAAAAAGUGUGGUUAGUAAAAGUGUAUGGAGAAUUAACUUCCAAGUGGUUAGCUUUCAAUGGUUCUAUAAGGUACAAGACUUAUCCUUCUCCAUCAUUGUCUCACUAAUCCUUCACCAUUUUGCCCUAAUGUCCUUGAUAAGCCUAGACUGUUUACUCUUGGCGCUACCCUUUCCAUCUCUUUAGACUUCGCUGCCCACCACUGUUCGCAGUCAUUGGGCAUACUUCCCGUCAGUCUGAGUUUGUG